AUGGGCAGACGAUUGAUACCUCACACAAGCGAAGAUGAUGAACACAAACUCAUUUCAAGAUACGUUCACAGACUCAAGCAAUCCACCGCCAGCCAACAAGUUAUGCAUGAUCCUAUAUCGGAAAGGCAAAAUUUAGUUUUUGAGCUCGAAGCAAAAAAUAGAGAAAUACAAAAAGAGAUUCAGAGAUUGAAAUGCCAACAGCGUCAACAACAGCAGCGAGAAAUUUCUUCGUCCUCUGCUCAAUUCUCCGAACUGGACUCAGCUGAUGAGAACAACGUCGUUGAUGGCAACUUGUUGAAGGAAAUUAGAUUAUUGAGACAACAUCAGGAGGAACUGGAAGAGAGAAUGAAGGGUCUGCAAGGAAGUAGGAGAGGACUCAUUCAACAGUUGGAGGGAUUAAUGAGAAAGUUUAAGUUAUUGAAAUUAGCGAAAAAAUCGCUUGACAUGCAAUUUGCGGUGGAUCUGAACAACUUUGAAAUUUGA